CCUCGCACAGAGCUGUCAGUGGAGCUCGGCUGUAUCGACAGGCAGGGAAAAGCCCUCAGACAGUAAGCACAGUGUCUCCAGUGCAGGCCACCGCUCCGCACUCUGCUGUCUCCACACUGAGAGCUGCUCGUCUAAACGGACUGAAACAAGCCAAAGACAGCUGAAGAAGAGCGGACUGCUGCUGCUGCUGCUUAAUUGAUUUGUGUGCAGGGGGGACAUGGCUGAUCUAAGUUUGAACGAGUCGUCCACCGCGGACGUAGCGAAUAGAUUUGCUCGGAAAGGUGCUCUGAGGCAAAAGAACGUCCACGAAGUCAAGAACCACAAAUUCAUUGCCCGGUUCUUCAAGCAGCCGACUUUCUGCAGCCACUGCACCGACUUCAUCUGGGGGUUUGGAAAACAAGGAUUCCAGUGCCAAGUUUGCUGUUUUGUGGUCCACAAGAGGUGCCAUGAAUUGGUCACGUUCUCCUGCCCAGGGGCAGAUAAGGGGCCCGACACAGACGAUCCGAGAACGAAGCAUAAGUUUAAGAUCCACACCUAUGGGAGCCCCACCUUCUGUGAUCACUGUGGCUCUCUGCUCUACGGCCUCAUCCACCAGGGCAUGAAGUGUGACUCCUGCGAUAUGAAUGUUCAUAAGCAGUGUGUCAUGAACGUUCCCAGCCUGUGUGGAACUGAUCACACUGAGAGGAGGGGGCGUGUCUACCUGAAGUGUGAGGUCAGCGCUGAGAAGCUGCAGGUCACGGUGGGUGAAGGCAAAAACCUCAUCCCCAUGGACCCCAAUGGCCUGUCUGAUCCGUAUGUCAAGCUCAAGCUUACACCAGAUCCCAAAAAUGAGACCAAGCAGAAGACCAAAACUAUCCGCUCCAACCUCAACCCCAAAUGGAAUGAGACAUUUACUUUCAAGCUGAAGCCUACAGAUAAAGACCGCAGGCUGUCGGUGGAAGUGUGGGACUGGGAUCGGACCACCAGGAACGACUUCAUGGGAGCUCUUUCCUUCGGCGUGUCCGAGCUCAUGAAGGCUCCAGUCUGUGGCUGGUAUAAGUUACUGUGCCAGGAAGAGGGGGAGUACUACAAUGUUCCCAUCUCAGAAGAGGAUGAUGGUAAUGAGGAACUGAGGCAGAAAUUUGAGGACUGCCAAAUUAACUUUAAUCUAAAGAAAGCCAAACUAGGCCCAGGGAAGAAGGUCAUCACUGAGACGGACGACGGCCACUCCAUCCAACUGCCAUCCAACAGCCUGGACCAGGUCAAACUUGGCGACUUUACUUUCCUGGCUGUGCUUGGGAAAGGCAGCUUUGGAAAGGUCAUGCUCGCAGAGAUGAAGGCCAAUGAAGAGCUGUAUGCAAUUAAGAUCCUCAAGAAGGAUGUGGUGAUCCAGGACGAUGACGUUGAAUGUACCAUGGUGGAGAAGAGAGUUCUGGCCCAACAGGACAAGCCACCCUUCCUCACACAUCUUCACUCGUGCUUCCAGACUGUGGACCGUCUGUACUUUGUCAUGGAGUAUGUGAACGGAGGAGACCUCAUGUACCAUAUCCAACAAGUGGGCAAGUUCAAAGAACCCCAGGCAGUAUUCUAUGCAGCAGAGAUCGCUGUUGGUCUCUUCUUCCUGCACAGUAAAGGAAUCAUUUACAGGGAUCUGAAGUUGGACAACGUGAUGCUGGACGCUGAGGGACACAUUAAGAUUGCUGACUUUGGCAUGUGUAAAGAAAACAUGACGGAAGGAGUGAGCACGCGAACCUUCUGCGGCACUCCGGACUACAUUGCUCCAGAGAUCAUCGCGUAUCAGCCAUACGGGCGCUCUGUAGACUGGUGGGCAUAUGGAGUUCUGCUAUAUGAAAUGCUGGCAGGACAGCCUCCAUUUGAUGGUGAGGAUGAAGAUGAGUUGUUCCAGUCCAUUAUGGAGCACAAUGUGUCCUACCCCAAGUCCCUGUCCAAAGAAGCUGUGUCCAUCUGCAAAGGGUUGAUGACCAAACACCCGUCCAAGCGUCUGGGCUGCGGCUCUGAGGGAGAAAGGGACAUCAGAGAGCACGCCUUUUUCAGACGUAUCGAUUGGGAUCGCCUCCAGAACAGGGAGAUACAACCACCCUUCAAGCCUAAAGUGGGCUCCGGUUCCUCUAAUAAGUGUGGCAAAGCAGCAGAGAACUUUGACAAGUUCUUCACACGCACCCAGCCCCAGCUCACACCACCAGAUGAGCUGGUUAUCGCCAACAUUGACCAGGCCGAAUUUGCAGGUUUCUCUUUCAUCAACCCACAGUUUGUACACCCGUCACUGACCAACAGCGUAUGAGAAGGAUGGAAAAACCUCCGUGAAGCACCUCUCUGCUCACUGCCACCCUCAUAAACCAACUGCCAACCUAACAUCUGACUACAACUUGAUCAAAGCCCACAAAAAGUCCUAAUGUAUUGGUGUUAUCCUUGAGCAGGAUUCUGAGGCAUGCAUAUUUGCUCUGUACAAUAUUUUUGCCAGUAUAGAUUAUGGAUCGAAUAGAUGAGAUUGUUUCUUGGCCAUCACAAGAGAUAAUUUCCUUUAGUUUAAUAAUAAGCAUGCGCUGUAGACAAGGAUGUGCUUCCUGAACCUGGAAGCACUGAGACAGAAAGGUGCUUGGCUUUAUUUAUCUAUGCCAGUAUACUGUAUUAUACAAUCCAAUGAAUAAAUGAAUCUGCUUAUAAAUCUCAAUGGAUGAAAAAUAUGGUUCACCGAUCUAAUUGGUGGGUAAUAGUUUGUAUCUAUAUCUAUAUGAAUAAUCAUCAUAUUACCGAUAUUAUGUGAUAACCAGAGGAACACUCAUAUAAAGCAGUGUAGAUGCUAUAGCCAAAUAUGAAGGAAUGAUGGUGCAGGCGUUGAAACGGCACCUUGUGGUUCAAUGUUUCCUGUAUCAUGUUUACAGCUUUUUUUUUUUCCCUGUUGAUUUCAUGAUGAUGGUGUAUAAUUCAAUUUUAUUGAUAGCCAGUGUCAGCAUUCAGUGUGCGUAGCAAAAAUGAAGAGUUAUGUAAUACAACAUAUGCAGCCUGUACAAAGGUAAAAAUGUGAGACACAAAGGUAUGAAAGCAUUACUUCCAACUUGUCUAAAUUUUACUUGGCUCAACUGUUUUUACCCUAUUUGAUUUGGUACUGAAAAUAAUCAUCCACCGACACGUUUCCUAGCCCUUAAUGAGCUGCAGAUUCUAUACUUGUCAAUACUUUUGUGGACACUAUGUGGACACACAGUGAAGUUUUAGUACGUGGGUGAUUUUAGAACAUUCUUAUAUCUUCCUUAUAAAUCAAAGUCAAACGGUUUAGACUAUACAUUGUUUUUGUCCCAUGCUACACACGUGGCUACAAAGCCCCCCAUUGGUCAUAAAUGUCUUAUCAGAAACUGUAAAGACGUUCUGACAUACUGUAUCAAUGGAUGUCAUUGUGUAUUAACCAUGCAAUGUUUUAUUGCAUGCAGUAUCAUCCCCUCAAGAGUUGAUUUAAUGUGUUUGUCAGUUUGCUUUGAUUUGUAUGUCAUAAGGAUGAUUCCUUCUGACAUUGCAUUGUCCUGAGAACAAACUUGUCCUUCAUUUAGAAUCGACAUAAUCUUAAUUAGUUAAAUCAUUCUUUGUUUCUUUAAUGUCUUUAAAAAUACAUCUGUUUUUUCUCUCCUCCUUUUUGUGAUCUCAGACAUAUUUUUUCAUUAGAUCAGAUUAAUAUUUUAAUGUAUCGAAAAUCAGUGUAACUCCUUUGUAAAUAAUCAUAGGUUAUUUAAACAGAGUAUAGCAAGUUACAGUUUUUAUACCAACACCUGAAUGUGCUUUUAUUACAUUAAUUAGAUGAGCCCAUAUUUGUAUGUGUAAAAAGCUUCAACAACUAAGAAAGUAACCCAGUACAGAUCAACUUUAUAACAGCUGGAUGUCUUUAGCAGAGUCCAGAUUUAGCAAGUUGUGAAAAAAUAUCUGUUCUUUUUGUUUUGUCAGAUUUAUCAGAUCUAUUUUUUCUUCUUUAAACGGUUAUUUUUGACUGCAAAGUGUGUCUUGAUAGGAUGCGUGUCGGACUGUUGACUGUCCCUCUGUAUCUGCAUGCUGUUGGUAGGCAUCAUUCAUGCACGCGAUACACUAAAUGCUGCAUGCUACAAAGUAUGACACCCCACAGAGUUACAGCGUCAAUGCGAUACUCUGCUCAAAAUAUAUUAUAGUAGCCAUUGUUAGCUCAAAUCCAUGUUGAUUGCAAUUGAUUUAGUUGCAGCUUUUCACCGUUACAAGGAAACAAUGUCAAAAUAUCAAAAGAAAUGUCUGCAUUUGUUCUCUGCCUGCAUGCUCGGUUUAUCUCACAUUAUAUUUUUGCUAAACUGCACUAUUUUGAUCUCAGCCCUCCACACAAUUCUUACCCACAUUCAUUUUGCUUGUAGGUCUCAUCAAGCUUGCAGAGAGUGAAUGUUGAGCACUCAAAAGAGUAAGCAUAGGUCCAGACUGGCCAGGUUUAAAGUUGGCCAUUACACAUCAGUUAUCAUGAGAGUGCUGAUCUAAGACCAACUAGGCUGUUAAAAAUUGGGACUGAGUUUUGGUGAGUGUAGGUUGGAAAGCUGUGUGUGAAAGCGAACCGGGAGAACAACAGUGACUUCAGUGAAUUCUGCCAAAAGAAUGCAGAUCACAGUGGCUGAAUAACACAGAACAUUUAUUACAGCUUAUGAAUUCAAAUAGAUAUUAAUACCACUUUUUCAAUUCUUUCCUGAGACCUAGAUGCCAUGGGCUCUAGAUCAGUGCUCUCUAUAUAUGUCUACUUUAUAGUCCCCAAUGUGAAACACUCCAGAUCUGUGGUGAGUUGUCUCAGAAGCACCCGUACACCGGUGGGACCGCUUGCUCUCCAGUGUCUUAUGAAUGGGGUUUUAUAUUAUAAUCUUAAUGUUGUGUUGUCAUUGGUUUGUGUUUUUUCUUCUUCUGCCAUCUAUUUUUUGGCUGUUGUCAGUUAUCAGUGUUGUCAGUUUUAUAUUCUUUAGCAGCUACUCAAGAAAUUCAGGAAUGUCUGAAAGGAUAUAUCACAUUAGAAAAACGCAUAUCGGAACGAUAUAGAUAGGAACUAUGGAAAUGUUUGUAAUAUUUUGUCCAUGUUUUUCUAAGAGUUGCACUCUCUCCUACGAUGUUUCCUAUCUUAUACGAUCUUUUGCAUGUGCCAAACCUGGAAAACACCGGAACCUGACAAUAGCAGCCUUGCACUAGCUGUAGUCACACGGAUGGCUUUCUGUGGCAGCUUGUGCCUGUAGAGGCUGCUGUAUUCUCUGUUGGCCACAUAACAUAUAGUAGCAUGCUGCCAUGAGUAUACCAGUGCACAUUGUGUCAGUACACUUAACAAUACCAGUCAGUUUGAUAGUCGACUUAUCGUGCACGUUAUUAGAUUUCCCUGUUCCCGUUACUAAAGCUUCUUCUAGCUUGGGCAGAGUUGUGUGGAAAAGCAUUUCAGCUCGUGGAGCGUUUGAUUUAACAUCCACAGUGAAUUUCACAGGAAUGAGAGAAAAUAUUCCUUGUACAUACUCAGAGUUUGCUCACCAACAGUCUCACCCUAGUCUAAGCCUAACUGGCCCCUCUGUAUGUGACUAUGUGCUGACUAAAUCGUCUAGCUCCAUCCCUUUAAUAGAAUAUCUGUUGACUUGGUGUGUUUUCAGAAGUCGCAGUCAGUGUGGGCAUAACAAAGAUUAAUACUCUUCCCUUGUGUGCCUUUCCCAGCUUGUACAGAUACACUGUACAUAUUCUUUUUCAUUUUCAACUUCCUCACUCUGACCUGAACACUCUAUUCCAUUUCUAGUCCCAACCCGAACGUCAUUGUAUUCUAUUUUUAAGUUUUUAAACUAGUUGAUUUACAACAUUUUUUACGUUAUUUUAUUCCAUGUUUUAGCAUCUCUCACAGUUCAUAUGAAUGUAUAUUAAAAAGUUCUAUUAAGAAAUGUACACAACGUAGUAUUGACUGAAAUCAAUAACCUUUAGUCUAAAAAAAAAAAAGUACAACUGGAUUCAUCUCUGUCUACUUGCUUUACCUUUACCUCCCUGUGCCUAUUAAUAGUUAGUAAUUAGUAAUGGGGCAAAUUAAUUACUGAAUCUGUCGACAAUGUCAAAAGAUGAAACCGGGUGGUAGGAGAGUGAAGGAACAGGUGAUGGAUUAGGUUCAGUUAAAAGAUUGACAGUAGAGCUGAUUAUGACUUGUUUGAAUAACAACCCCUGUGCCUCGUCAUAUUGAACCGUCCCUCGCUUGUUCUCUUGUGACACCAUCUUUCAAUCCAUCUGUACCUCCUUCCUCAGUGCCUGGGCCAAGUCAAUCCAUCACCUUAUUGAUAGCGUCCUCUACCUUUCACCUUUUAAAUCCAAGGUCAGGAAAGCAAUCGAUAUUCUCAUGUGCUUUUCUCUCAGUAGGAGUGACAUCACCCUCUCCAUUUCUCCCCAUAAUGCACAAUGGGAAAAGAGUUAGCCAGAUUUAUUUGGUGUUUUCUUUGUUUACGUUCUAUUUGAAGUCCUCACCGUCUUGACUUUAACUGAAUUGAUUUGGAUGGUCCGCUAAUUAUGAAGUACAUACUGUAAAGACAAAAUCAUAAAUGUAGAGUUUGAGAGAGGUUUUUUUUUUUCAUAGAUUUUUCUUUGCUUUAGAUGAAUCAGGUGUAACGUCUUUCUUCUCUGUAGUUGUUCAUUACUUGUUGCUGUGUCCUGUUCGCUGUGGAAUGAGAGAGUCAACAUAAACUGCUAUCCUCUUGGCCGUACAGGGCACAGGAUCAGUGAUGUGCAGGAAUGCCUUAUAUCUUACUCCGUACAGUAACUUUCCCCUGUUUGUUCAUUUAUAAUCUCUGCACCCUUGUCUUUGUACAUAAAUGACUUACAGUAGAUAUCUACAUAGACUGUAAAAGAAAGAAUAUAUUGUAUUUUGUAAAUGGUGUAUGUUUGUUUUCUUCCCUUGUCAGCCUGAAACCUUUAACAUGAGUCUGAGCUACUUACCUCGUAAUUGAUUGUGUCAUUUGUACCUAAUGUAUGAUAAUGCAAAUAAAAAAAGCAAAAUAA